AAGUAUCACGUAAAUGUUAUUCAAAUUUUGGAGAAAUUCAAAAUAUUUCUAAAAAUGCUUCAAAGUCUAAAAGUUUUGAUUCUGCUUCUCCUGCUAACAAGUAUCUCAUUGGAAUUUGGUGGAAUGCAGUCGUUCUAUAUCACUGGACGACUCAUGUGCCGUGGAAAACCUGCUCCGUUUGCCGAGCUGAAACUUAUUAAUACACACGGUGAAAAGGAAACUCUUGUCCUUGCUGAAGAUGUCUUCACUGAUCCAGGUGGUCAAUUCCAAAUAUACGGAUACCAAUUUCAGUUCGUAGCGAUUGAUGCAGCUGUUUGGGUUUACCAUGAAUGUUUCUAUGACGUCGGUAUUCAUCACGGUUUGUGUAAAAGCAAAAUGGAGAUGGAUGUUCCAGCGGAAUUCAGGAAUUAUGAGAAAUACCCGAAAAAAGUAUUUAAUGCAGGAACUAUCGAUUUGGAGAAUGGAGUACAAAAUCCCCAAUUGGAAAAAAGUAAAUUAAACCGUGAAAAUUAA